AUGGGCUCCAUCCCCGCAACCUCAACGCCAACAAGAACACCGUACAAGAACUGGCCCAACGAUGCCGCCUUCGAAGCCCCCACCACUUCCGCAACCCCAACCCCCCUCCACAUAAUCGGAACAUUCCCCCCCUGCGUCAGCGGAACCCUCUACCGCACGGGGCCCGCGCACUACAAAGUCACCACACCAAGCGGAACCUACGCGCGCCACCACUGGUUCGACGGCUUCACCAUGAUCCACCGCUUCGAAAUCACGCACGACAACGACAGCAACUCCACAAAGGUCCUGUACACAUCCCGCAGCCAAUGCGAUGAGCUCCUCGAGGAGGCCCGCAAGGGCAAGAACAUCGAUACCUACGUCACCUUCGGACAGAAGCGGGAUCCCUGCAUGAGCUAUUUCGAGAAAGUGAAAUGUCUAUUCAAGCCCGCGGAUCCGGGCCAUGAUCGUCCGCGCAUGCAGAGUGUGGGUGUGACGGUUCGGCCCAACAUGCCGGGGUUCUCGAAGGGGAAGGUCACGGCGCUUACGGACAAUGACGUUGCGCAGGUCAUGGAUAUGGAUACCCUUGAGCCGGUGGGGGUUACGAGGCAGAGUGGGUUGCAUCCAGAUUUGAAGGGGCCCCUCUCCUGCGCCCACGCCGCCUACGACCCGGACACAGGCGACCUCUACAACUUCAACCUCGAUUUCGGCCGAACAGGCACAUACCGGGUCUUCGCGACGUCCGCAGCCACCGGUAAAACCAGCAUUCUGGCCACGAUCACGGGUUGGAACGUGAAACCGGCCUACAUCCACUCGUUCUUCCUCUCGGGCGACUUUGUCAUCCUCUGCGUCUGGCCGUUAUAUUUCCAGGGCCGCGGGACGGCGAUCCUCUGGGAGAGAAAUAUCAUCGAUGCACUCAAGUUCAAUCGGGCUGCGAAGUGUCAGUGGUACGUUGUUGAUCGUCGGGGUGGGAGGGGGGUUGUUGCGACCUUUGAAAGUCCGAGUUUUUUUGCCUUUCAUACCAUUAAUGCUUUUCAAGAGAAGAGAGAAGACGGAGAGAAUGUUGAUAUCUUCUGUGAUGUCGCGCAGUUCAAGGACGACUAUGUCAUGCGGAAUCUGUACUAUGAGAACGUCCUCUCGACGGGGUCCGGGGUUGCACCGCACGACGGCGCGAGACCAACGAUCGUGCGGUAUAAACUGGCCAACGUCCCCAAGACCGGAACGAAGAAGGGUGUCUCGCCCGUUGAAGUCAUUACGACAAUCGAACAAGCCGUCGAGUUACCAACCAUGAACCCUCACUACACGACCAAGAAGCAGUGCUAUGUAUACGGGAUCGCGGACCGGGGAUACUCGUCCUUCGUGGACGGGCUGGGAAAGGUGGAUAUGGAGACUGGGUCGGCGACGUAUUGGGGCAUGGAGCCAAAGCCGCAUACGCCUGGCGAGGCGGUGUUUGUGCCGGAUGGGACAGAUGAGAGUGAGGAUGCGGGAUAUCUGUUGAGUGUUGUGUUGGAUGGGGAGAAGGGGACGAGUUAUCUGGUUUGUUUGGAUGCGAGGACGAUGAAAGAGGUUGCGAGGGCGGAACUUGAUCGGGCAAUUUCGCCUGGUUUGCAUGGGGUGCAUAUGAAGAAUAGAUUGUAGAUACAUACUGGGUUAAUCUAAGUGUCAUAUAUUCAGCGGUUAAUUCAGGGCCUUGAUGGGAUGCGCU